UCCUGAUACAACUGACAAGUGAAAUUAAAAUGGCCGCCGCAUCCAUACCUACAAUAUCAAGGAUAAAACAAAACCUUUCACGAAAUAAACAAGAUGAAAGGGUUCGCCACCCAACUGUUGAAGAGUUACUAAUACAGAUUGAAAACCAUUUAUACAAAAACACCGAACAUCGAGCCUCAUUACUAAUUGCAGUCUGGACAUGUAUUGCUGGAAAAGUUGGGUACUUUCGGAACAUCGAGAAGGUUUUCCAUAUGCUAUAUCGAGAAAGUGCCAUGACCAUUUUCUCUGGUCACUGGCCCCGGAUAGAUAUACUUUUCAAAAGAGGCUUGGCUCGUUCUCUAAUCCAGUUUUCACAUUCAAUGGGCAAUUAUGUGAAGGGGUCAGAAGCCCUUUGUUCAGCACUGGUGAUGGCAGUAUAUGAUCCAUGGGGAGACCCUGUAAUACGAAAGCUUCUGACGAAACAGCAGAUAGACCAGAACUUAAUGCAUGAAUUCAUAAGAUCUGAGCCAUGUGAAUUAUUGCUUAUAAGAGUAGAAUGCCUAGUCAAUGCUCAUUUUGAAGAUGCAGCAAUUCAGCUUUGUCGGAGUUACUUGCAUUCAAAAUCCAGUAUGCCAGUUAAUCAGGAAGUGGAGUACAGUGAUGAAAACUGGAGGUGGACAUUCAUGGAAUGGCUUCUUCGACUUCUGUUCCGAAAAAGAAAAUUAAAUGAUCUUGUUGCAGAGUCAUCAUCUUGCAGUUGUCAUGAUGGUGUUCGUUUAAUUUACCGAGCACAGAGUUCUCAAAUGGAAGAUUCUGAACCUUUAACUGAAACCUUAAUUAAUUUAUUUCUUGUCCGUGAUCUCCUCUUUCAGUCUGAUUACUGCUGCACAAGUGAAUUAAUGAGAUUGUGGUGUGAACUGCAAGCUAAGAAACAGAAAUCAGCAUCUGAAAUUCAAGAAGCUGCACAGAAAUUAUUGGUUGGCCAUGCUUCCUGUAGCGCACAGUUUUAUUUAUUUGUUGACAUUUUAUGGGAAAAAUUUGGUGUGUCUCUUUUGCCUUUAUAUUUGGAAAUGUAUCUUAGAGGACUGACAUCAGAUUUAAAUUAUUUAGAAGCAGCUAGGCAAGCAGACAAUAAAGAAUAUGUUAUAGAAAUUGAAAACCACAUGGCAGCUAUGUAUUUUAAGUUAUCAUCCAUGUUUAAUUCAAUUAAUAAAGAAGUUUCUUUGGAAUGCAUGCUGAGUGCAUUUUCCUUAGAUCCAACCAAAGAACGAUUAGAAUGGAUUAAGAGAUUGUCCCUUCAGAUAGCCAAAGAAAAAGCCUUAAAAGCUAAUGCUUCAAAGAACAUUCUCUGCAAACACAAAACAUGCAACAGUAAUCCAUGCUCCCAUAACUACAUUCAUCCUGUCAUCACAAAACGAAAAUCUGUCAUCAUGUGUGAUCAGGCCAUUCAAGUUGGGGAUGAACUACUUGACAGCUGUGAAAAAGAACAAUCUGUUUUGUCUGCAUCAGUAAACAACAAUAUUCAAGAAAACAGCAGUGCUAUUAUGGAGGAAAUGAAAGGAAGAAUGGAAGAAUCUUCAGUGUUAAAUGAAAUAACUGUCAGAAAAGAUGAUAUGUCUAUAGAAGACUUGAAAGAAAAUGAAGUUAAAGGAAAUAUUUUGCCUAGUAAUACUUGUUCAAACAUUAAUAGUAUUGAAAUUAAUGAACAUUGUACCCAAAACUGCAAUUCUAAUCGUUCAGAAGAUAGUGAAACAUCAGCUUAUCUUGAAACAGAUAAAAUAACUAGUGAGGAAAAUGAAUCAGAUUCUAAAGUAACUGAUUUAAAAACUAAUGGAAUAGCUGAGACAGUCCUGGAACCAUCAACAUUAAUUAAAGCAGAAUGUGCAAAUAGCAAAAAAGAAAAUUGUGAUACAUUUGUCCCUAGUGUAAAUUGCAACCAUGACAUUACGGAAAAAAAAGAAAAAGAUUUAUCAAUACCAAAUUUUGAUUCUGAAACCAAAAAUGUUAAUGAUAAAAUAGAAGUCAGUCUUUGCAGUAAAACUGAAGAUUUAAGUAAAACUUUAGAAAGUGAUGCCACCAUUGAUAAAGAUUGCUUAGAUGGAAAUUUGACUGUAAGUGCUAAUAAAAAUGAAGAAAAUGGUUUUGCAUCAGAACUUAUUAGGGACAGUUCUCCUGAUUCUAAAGAUACAGUUUGUGAAGCAGAUAUUGCUGUAAAUGUGAAAAUGAAAAAUGACAUUCAAAAUUGUAAUGAAAAUUUUGAAGAAAAAUUAGACAUCUGUCAGUCAUUAGAUUGCAACCACCAAUGCAUAAAUGGUUUUGAGAAAACUGCCCCAUUAAAUAAUGAAAAUGUUCAUGGUCAUUCUGAGGUAGCAGAUGAGUUUUGCACUGAAGAAAUUGUAGGUAAAAAUAGAGAAACAGAUUCACUUUUGAAUGUAAAACAUAACACAUUAUCUUCAAAUGAGAAUAUUUCCAUUAGUACCAAAGAACAGUCGCAAAGUAAAGAACAUGAAAAUGUAUCAGAAAUACAAUUGUUUCCUUCCAAUAAAAUCCAAACAAACACUAGCAAAAGUAUGUGUGAAAAUAUAUGUUUAUCAGAAAUGAAUCCUGAUUCACAUGUAAAAAAUAAUGCAUCUGUCCCCGUACAUUCAUUUUCUCAUAUUAUAUUAGAUUCAAAAAUACCAGGUAUUUCCUGUAAACUUUUGUCAGAUUUUGUCAUCGUUCUGGAGAGUUUGAGGAAUAAACAAUUAAAGAGUUGUAAUAAGUGGAGUCAAAUUAAACAUUUGUGUGAAGAUUAUUUAGAAACGGUUACCAAUUUAAGAUGUAUGAUGCUGAACAUGCAGUUAAAUGGAAGCAUAGAUAGUGAAGCAGAUUCCACUUCUGAGCUAACUGCAUUUCAAGAAUUUCAAUCACAUCAGAGUAAUGAUAGUAUAGUUGAAGAUCGUUAUGCUGAUAAAAGCCAUGUGUUCAAACGUUUUAUGAAUACAGAUAAAGUGACAGAUAUGGCUACCUAUGUAAAUCUGUCUGAUAUACAUUACCCUCAGAUUCCACUGGAAAAACUUUUUUACACAGAGCACUCUUCUUCUCAUAUAGGCCAUAAGAAAAAGCAUAAAAAACACAGAAAUCAUGAUAAAAACCCAGAAAAAGUGGCUUUAAGAAAAUUACGCCAUAGUUCUAGAGCAGAGCGUGAAUUAAUUAAGCGAAAGAAAAGGAAAAAGAGAAAAGGUAAAAGAGCUAAAGGGCAUGCCAAAAAACAUUAUUUUACUCAUGGAAAAGCCAAUAAAGAUUAUGUAAAAAAUAAAAAGAAAAAGCAUAAGUUAAAAAAGAAAAAAGAUGGGAACUCAGGUUUCAUAUCUGGUGAUUACUGUAGUGAUUUCAGCUCUGGUGAAUUGAUGCGUUUAGUCAAAGAACAUUCAAAUAGUUAUUCAAAAAUACCUGCAGCUACCUCAAAGCAUCCUCAUGCCUCUAGUUUUCCUGUUGGUGUAAGUCCCAGCAUUGGCUCAUCUGAUUUGUCCAAUGAGCCGUCAAGAAAGAAAAGAAAAGUAAGCUUCAAUAAAAAGAAAGAAAAAGGAAAAUGCCAUGACAAGCAUAAACAUGAAAAGUCAAAGUCAAGUAAACGUAAAAAGAAAAUUGUUAUUGAAAGUUGUCAAGCUGGACUAAAAAAUCUUACUCCUCAGGAUACUUUGAAUGGUAGUAAUAUUAAUUCAGUGGGUGAUUACUCACGUAUUGUUCAGUUUGCAAGUGUGAAGAAAAUGGAAGCUGUUCAAAUUCGUCAGAGAUCAGUUGCUCUUAACCUUUCAAAUCAAAGCAGAAGUCGUGAAAAUGAAACACCAUUAGUUCAUCAGUGCCCAGCAAAUCCACAAAUUAAACAUUUAGUGCAACAAAAUUUUGAUAAUUAUUCCCCUGAAGAUAUAAUGAAAAUGCAGUUGUUGUUGGCAAGACAGCAGCCAGAUGUUGUAGUCAGCAAUGCUAAUUCAGAUUUCAUCUCAUCAGCUAACAACCAAGCUGUUUUAAAAUACGUCUGCUCGAAAAUGACUUCGCAUUUGUUAUCUGUUGCACAGUCUUCUAACUGCAUUGUGGGCUCCGAUUCAGAAGCUAGUAAAUCUCCUAUACCUGUUCUACCAGGUAAGGUUUCAGUGGUACAAAAUUCAGUGAAGUCUUUCAAUCAGCCUCAGAAUCUCUCAUCAAAUAUUAAGCAUGUAAUUAUAGAAAGGAAAAAUUUACCUUAUACUAUGAAGAACAGUAAUACUUCUGUAAGCAGUGGUACAUUAAUACCUAUUAGUUUAGCAAGUCCUUCUUGUUCCGAUGCACAUAAUAUGAUGGGAACUGUUUUCAGCAGUGGAUUAAAUUAUCCAACUUCUGUUGCAUCUCCUCAGAUGACCACUUUUGCUAUCCCUGUUGCUCAUAAUGCAUCUAAAAAUAAGCUUGUUGCUGGAAAAUUGAUGAUACCUAUAAAUACAUGUGGCAAUAUCAGAAGUUCUUCAACCUUGCCUUCAACUGAGUGUGAAAAUCAUGCUUUUGCUACUGCAUCUGCUAAUCAACCAUUGUCAGGUGUUAUAUUGGUGAAAAACGGAAACAGUGCACGCAUUAUUCCGUCUAGUCAACAACAGUGUAAUGUUAUGCCAUGCUUGUCAGCUGCAAGAUUUUCAUUGCCAUCUAUUCGACAGAAAGCCAGUACUACUGUAACAAAAACAGUGCCCAAAAUCAUAAAGCAAGCAGCUAAAAAGCUUACUCAACCUCAAGCCAAGAAACCACGCUUGAAACCUCCUGCUGUAAACAAAAUUGAACCAAUUGUACCUAGUAAUGUAGUUACUAGUGAGCAAACAGCAGCUGUUAAUUUAUCUUCAGAUAUACAACCAGCAAUAAAUAAAUCUGAAAUAUGUGCUAUACCACCUGAAAUAUCUUUACUUAAAAGCACCAAUACUGAUGAUACUCCAAGUGAUAGUGAUCUGAAGUUCAGUGGUACAGAAGAAAAACCACUCUCUGAUGAUAAUGCUUCUUUGAGGGAAGCAAAACAAGAAGAUAACAAAAACUUAGCUGAAAAUGAAGGAUCUGUUGUACAUUCUCCACAAUCUAAUAAUUCGAAUUUAGCUAUAUCAAGUAUUCCAAAUUCUCCUGCUAGUGCUCCUAGUUCCCCAAAACAAAAGAAAAUUGUAGAACCUUCAGCAUUAAAUCUAGAAAUGAAAGAUCAAGAAAUUCUAAAAGAAGAUAUGCCACAAGAUUCUAUUUCUGAAUCUAAAAGCAUUCAAAAUUCACCUUCAGAUAAAGUUGUUGAUACUGAUACUGACAUGGGUCCUGGUACUACACCAACUGCACCUUGCCCAAGUCCUGUUAAUGAAAAUGUAGAUAAUACUGAUGUAGUAAUGGUAGCAGCUUCUGAGUCUCCUCCCUCUGAAGAUAGUAAUGCAACACGUGUAAAUGUUGCAGCAGCAAUUGUAUCUGAAAAGGAAAAUCUUCCUCUUAUGAAUAAAGCUCCAAUUACCUCAACUAAUGUGCCUGUUGAGAAAAAAGAAGCAGUUUGUACAGUUUCGAAAAAUAUAGCUGUUAGUCAUGAUCAACAAAAGCAACUUCAACCAAUAACAGUUGGGAAUAUACUUUCAAGUCUCAGAAUUCCUGGUAAAAUAUGUUCCCAAGGUAAAGCUGAAGGUGGGAACCAAGUUUCUGAAGUGCCAACUAGAUCUUUCACUUCCAUCAGUGAUGCAGUCCGUUUCAGCUUGAUGGAUAUGGAUGAUGCCACAGAUUCUGUUGAAAAUCAGGUACUUCAUGCAUUCCAAGUCUCGCAUGAAUCAUCACAGGACUCGCCAAGAUAUGAUAAUACAUCUACAAAUGGUGGAGAUACUAGUACAGCUUCGCCAACUCCAGCUGUUAUUCUUACAACUCCACAAUCUACUAGUACUACGGAGCUAAAUGUCAGUAGAGUUUCGCAGUUUGAAACAUCUGUUCACAGUUCACAAAGUGAAAAAUUUACAGAAUGCCAAAGCACAGUUUCAAGAACCACAACAUGGAUUCUCGAAGAUUCUUCUGUUAAUGAAACUGCCCAACAAAUAGGUAUCCAAAAAUCCCCCGAUGUUGAUUCUUCUGGUGAAACGAAAGAUGAUAAUAAACCUAAGAAAAAGAAGAAAAGGAAAGAACGAUCUGAAAGAGAUCCUGAUGCUGCACAUAAGUUUUGGUGUGAGAUCUGUCACAAAGGAUUUUUCUCUGCAUAUAAUUUGAGGCGACACUGUCGGAAUGUUCAUAAAAUGGAUCUUCCUAAAGGUUCAUCUGAUGUACCUUUCGCUUCAUCAUCCCAGUGCCUUCCUCAUAUCCCACAGACUGAUUCUGCAUCAUCUGAUGUUUCUGCUGCACGAGUACCCUAUGGUACUGUUCAGCAGUCUUCUGUUAGUCCAAAGGCUCCAGAUUUUAUGUUACAGUCACCUACUCGAGAAACAAAAAGUCAAGAUUUUGCUGUGAAAAGUUCACCUACUCAACAUGUUCCUCAGAUGCAGAGUACAGAAUUUCAGAUGCAGACUCCUCCUAGGAUGUCAUCGCAAUCAACAUCUACUCAUGUUUCUCCAGUUACACCCCCAAAAGACUUUAGGUUGCCCACACCUACAACAGUUUCUUCCCAAAUUACCCAAAGUAAAUUACCAGUAGGCAAAUCUGCAAACUCCACAAAAUUUCAAAGACAGCCUUCGACAUGUCCAACUUCCCAAGUUCCACAGUUGGCAAAAAUGUCACAAAUGCCCCAGAUCACUCUCUGUGGGCAAUCUGCUUUACAGCAACAGAGACAGAUAGGUCAGCUUCCAUCUGCAGGACUGAUACAACCUUUGUCAAGUGUUGGUUGUCAGGCUCAACAAUUGCAGCCAGCUACACAAUGCCCUCACUUCCAGCAAAACAAACAGAUUGUUCAGCAGAGAUUAGGACAACUUCAACUUAUGCAUCAUGUUGGAGCAUUACCUCCAGUUCAACAUGCAACACAUGGGAUUCAGAAACAAACACCAGUCCAACAAUUUAAGAAAUGUGUUACUACCCAGCAGGUUACAAAAAUAACUGAAACUGAGCAAAUUCAAGCUGCUCAGCUAGCUCAAAACCAGCAGAUUUUAGCAAACCAGCAAAUGCAAAAGCUCAUUCAAAUUCGACAAAAUGCAAUUGCAGCUGCUGGUGUGGCCUCUCAACUUUCUUUAGGAAGUACUGUAACUGGUGUUCAGGGAUCUAGUACCAAAGGAGGAGCUCAGUGUUUUCAGUCCCAGUUGGCAGCUGCACGCCAGGCAGCAGCUGUAGCUCAGUUACCUGCAAAUCAGCGUUCACAAGGGACAAAUUAUAGUUUGCCAUCUCAUGAUGCUUCAGGCCACCAGUUCUUUUCUCCUGCUAUACAGCCCAAUCAAGAGCAGCCCAGUUGCCCUCAUGGCUCGUUUUCAACUCAGAACAUAGCAGAGUUUAGUGCUAAUGCUCCAUCUUAUCCUUCAAUUCGCUCAUCAUCUGAAACUAAUGAUGGUCUUGAAGAUCUAGAGCAGUUUCUUUUAGAAAACAUGCCUUGGAGUGGAGAUCAAUCUGCCACUCAUAACCUGGCCCAGCAGUCAGGUAAUCGUCCAUCAAGUGCAGAUUCCCUCACAUUACCCUUACCUACGCAAGGAAGUGGAUCUUCGGGACAGAAUAGGACAGCUUCAUCAUCAAAAGGUAAAAUUUCUAUAUCGAGACCUAAGCCUCGAAAACCAGUUGCUACUCCGUGUUCAAAAAACUUGUUGGGAAACCUAGGCCGUGGUGUUAAAAAAAAAUCAUGUGUAAAAAAAAUUGUAAAACCAUUAGAUGUUGACUGCAUUGCAUCUAAAUCUGAUAUUUUCACUCAGGCUGAUGCUGUUAAUCAGCAGACAUCUAGAUUAGAUUUGAUACAAAAGACGUGCAGUAAUAAAGACUCUGUAGGUGACUUGCUUACAUCAAAAAAAGAUGGAAAGAGUACAAAUACAGUUAGUGCUGUGAAUGAAACAGACAGUUCUGACAGUGUUCAGUGCAUUAAUAUAACUCACAGUGCUUCUAAGACUGCAUCUGUAGGGAUAAAUUUUAAUACAUUUACUCCAAUGCGUUUAUGCACUGCAGAUAAAGAUAUAAACUCUUCUUCUUGUACUAUUGAUCCAUCUAGUUCUAAACAAAUUUUUGAUGUUCAGAGAAAGAAUUCUUUUUUAGACCAUUGUAACUUAGUGAGCAAAAACUGUUCAAAUUUAGACCAAAGUAAAAGUAUGCUAAAUAUUGGUCACUGUGAAAAAAAUCUUAGCAACCCAGAAAGUUCAAUAAAUGUGAUAGGGAAAGAAACAAAUUGUGAUCCUAAAACUGUAUUCAAUGAAAAUGCCAUGCCUACAGUGUAUAGUAAAACAUCCACAUCAUGUGAUUCAGGAGAUGUUUUUUUAGGACAGCGAAAUACUGACAACUGCAGUGAGUCAGUAUUUAAUGAACAGAAGAAAAGCAAUGAUGUAUAUAAUUGUGAGGAUAUAAAAAAUGCUAAUAAGUGUGCAGAAAAUGGAUGUGCUGUAAAUUGUGUUGAAAAUGCUGAAAAGGAAAUUUCUGUGUCAAAUUUUAAGGAAAAUUCCAAAUCUGAAACACAGAGUGAUUUUUUUUUAGAUUGUAAAACUGAUCAAAUUGUAAACAAUAGUGAAACAGAAGAUGCAGUUAUUGAGACACACUGCAUGAAUAAUGCUGAAAUUAAAUCUACUGUUGUCCAAGAACAAGAAAUUCAUCAAGAGAAGGAGAAAGAAUCUCUAAACAGUUUAAAUAAUAACACUCUAACAGAUACAGACUCAAAUACUAGUAAUAAAGAUUUGUAUAUAGCAGAUAUAGAUUUGAAGGGAGCAGAUGCAGAUUUAAGUGCAAAAACUAGAGAUCUGAAUUCAAUGUGUACAGAUUCAAAAGAAGCAGAUACAGACUUCAGUGCAAAGAGUACAGAUCUAAAUGUGAUAGAAAGAGAUGUGGUUACAACAGGCACAGACUUACCUGCUACAACUACUGAUUUAAGUAUGACUAGUAAAAAUUUCAAUUUUACAUCUUCUGAUACAGAAAGUGUGCGUGCUCACACUCAUCCUGACUUAAAAACCUCAGACUUGCAAAUUAAAAAUUCUGACAAAAGAGAAACGGAUGAUUCGUAUGAAAAUAUCAAUUCGUUUAAAGACAAUGAAAAAAAUUCUUCUGCAACAAAUGAUCAGAGUGAUGUAAAUAUAUAUACCUUAAAUGAAAGUGAACAAGAAAAUAAAUUAGAAGAUAUUUUUGAUGAAAAUUCAAAUAUUACCGAGACCAAACUGAAGUGUAAAGAGAGCCUAUCAGAUCCUUCCAAGGUGUGUUUGCAGAAUAUCAGAAGUGAUAGUCUUAAAUCAGUUGAAAAUAAUUGUAAUGAUACAGUUUUUCUUCCAGUAGUCAAUAACCAUGAUAAACAUGUUUCUCUUGAAAGUAAUAUGCUUAAUGAUGAGAAUCAUUUGCCUAAUGAAAGUGAUGCAAGUGAAGAACAAGGGCCAAAGCGUAUUGCUUUGAGAAUACGCAAAUCUCUUGAUUCCGCAAAUAAAAUGAAUGAAAAUGACAAAAAUAUUAAGUAUUAUGUAAGUGAGAAAACAUCAGAUGACCCUAAAGGAAAUGUAAUGAAAAAAAAUUCUCAGAAAAAAAGAAAAGUUAAGCAAGAAAAUAGAAAAAUUGAAACAGUGGGAAUUGAUGCCAAAAAGGGUUUGUGCAUAAAGUUUGAUGGUGAUGCAAACAUACAGAAGGCAGGAAUCUUGAACAAUGUUCAGGAAUCUUUAAACAAGGAGAAAGAAAUUAAUAGAACAGUCUGUCUUAUGAGCCCAUGCUAUAAUGAGAUCGAAAAGGUCACACCUUUGUUGAAUGAAACUCUUGUUAAUGAAGAUGGGUUUUGUCUUGAUGAAAAACAAGAUGAAGACCAAAGCAUGGAUGGAAUUCCAGCGGGUAGAUUGCGUUUGCGUGAUACACCUAAAACUUCUGUGAAGAGAGUUUGUCCUUGUUGUGUAGAUUCUCGAAUGCCAAAGAAAUGUCGUGCCAAUGGUGGUGGCAAUAUUGCAAAACUUAUUGGAACUCGAGUACCAAAUGCAUUGAAAAGUAAAAGUACUUUAAAGACACGAAAUGCUGCGAAUGGAAAUGUAAAAAUUAAUACUCGAUCAUCACAACGCCUCAGGUCACGUAACAAUGCUAUCAAUUAACGGAAUGGUUUCUGAAAUAUAUUUUCUCUGAUCUAUUUCAGUGCUAGUCUUUGAAGUAUCGUAGAGUCAAAGAAGGAAAAAAAAAAUCUUGUAAAUAAAUAUUACAUAUUUACUAUAAAAAUAAGGGAUUUUUAUAUACUUGUAUAGAUUUAUAUCUUCUUGUAAAAAAGAAAGGGGAAAAAAAGACAAAAAAAAAAAAAAAAAAUGGCAAAUGUAAUUUGAAACUCUUAAGAGUGACAUUUUUAUGAAAUGUAAAAUAUAAAUCUUGUUUGCAUAAGAUGAUUAAUUUUGUUUUUAAGUUCGAAAGAAAGGAGGAAAAAAAAAAAAAAAAAGACUGCAUAUCAGUGCAUCCAAUUUACUCCUUUUGUUGAAUGUAGUUUUAUCAAAAAUCCACCACAAAUCUUGAAUGAAUAAAUAUUUACAUACUUUAGUGUGGUAUUCUUAAA